AUGUCCUCUCCUUCGUCUACUUACCAAGAAGAACAACCUUUGGAACAAGAACAAGAACAACAGCAUCCUUGGGCCCAAGAAGACGAUCUUCUCGCUCGUCAAUGUGAAGACUACGAUCCUUGGAAUCAAUUCUGGGGUGUCUCGGAAAAGAAGACUCGCAAGUUCAGUGACAUGGGACUGUUUGUGGUCAUGUUCCUUUGCAUGUCCUCUGCCAUGUUGAGAAUCAAGUCGAGAUAG